ACAAAUCAAAAAACUGGUCGACUUCUCAAUUUCCCAAUCGGAAGAACAAAGAGAAAAAACAGAGCAGAAGCUUCCAUGGAUUCCUCCAUAACACUACAGUAGUAGCUUUGCGACAAACGAUUUUUGAAAGAAUAAUACAAAAACUAAAAAAUUUCCAUAAUUCCAGAGGGUUUGCGAAUUUCGAAUCCAUGGCACGAGCUCGCAAUUUACUUGUUGCUGCUGGUUUAGUUGCUUUUGCUUCAGCAGGCAUGGCUUUUCCAUUCUACAUGGCUUCGUCGAAGAAACCGGUUAUUGAUCCAACAAAACCGCUUUCGCCACAAGCUACUUUUCGAGGACCUUAUAUAAACACUGGUUCGCGCGAUGUCGGUCCUGAUCAUGAGACUUACCAAAAGAAGUGAACAAGGUUGUGAAUUUGUUUGGCCCCAAUUGAGAUUAAGUUCAUGUUAUAUGAUUAGUAUAACUGGUUUGAAUUUUUGUAAAAUUGGUUUUAUCAUGUAUGCCAUUUUUAAUAAAAAGAUUAAUGUUGUUAGUUAAAUAUGACAAUUAUACCAAUUUCAUUGAUUUCUAGAUGAAUGUUGUAUUGCUUGUCUGAAUAGUUAAGCUCUUUGGGAAAACCUGAGUCAAUGGCAAUGUGUAGUUUUGAUUCCUCUGCGAUUGUAUCUAUGUUGCGAAAGGGUAACAAUCAACAGGAAAGUAUAGAUUUUGAUGAAACU